GCCUCUGCUGCGGCCGGAAACAAUAGUGGAGGAACCCGAGCCGCGCGGAAAGGCGGUGGUGGCCCGCGGAGACGGACGGGGCACUAUGAACGAAGAGGAGCAGUUUGUAAACAUUGAUUUGAAUGAUGACAACAUUUGCAGUGUUUGUAAACUGGGAACAGACAAAGAAACACUCUCCUUCUGCCACAUUUGUUUUGAGCUAAAUAUUGAGGGGGUACCAAAGUCUGAUCUCUUGCAUACCAAAUCAUUAAGGGGCCAUAAAGACUGCUUUGAAAAAUAUCAUUUAAUUGCAAACCAGGGUUGUCCUCGAUCUAAGCUUUCAAAAAGUACUUACGAAGAAGUUAAAACCAUUUUGAGUAAGAAGAUAAACUGGAUUGUACAGUAUGCACAAAAUAAGGAUCUGGAUUCAGAUUCGGAAUGUUCUAAAAACCCCCAGCAGCAUCUGUUUAAUUUCAGGCAUAAGCCAGAAGAAAAAUUACUCCCACAGUUUGACUCCCAAGUACCAAAAUAUUCUGCAAAAUGGAUAGAUGGAAGUGCAGGUGGCAUCCCUAACUGUACACAAAGAAUUUUGGAGCAGAGGGAAAAUACAGACUUUGGACUUGCUAUGUUACAAGAUUCAGGUGCCACUUUAUGUCAUAACAGUGUAUUGUGGCCUCAUAGUCACAACCAGGCACAGAAAAAAGAAGAGACAAUCUCUAGUCCAGAGGCUGAUGUCCAGACCCAGCAUCCACAUUACAGCAGAGAGGAAUUGAAUUCGAUGACUCUUGGUGAGGUAGAACAACUGAAUGCAAAGCUCCUCCAGCAAAUCCAGGAAGUUUUUGAAGAGUUAACACACCAAGUGCAAGAAAAAGAUUCUUUGGCCUCACAGCUCCAUGUCCGCCACGUUGCCAUCGAACAGCUUCUGAAGAACUAUUCUAAGUUACCAUGUCUGCAAGUAGGGCGAACAGGAAUGAAGUCACACCUACCCAUAAACAACUGACCUGAACAGACUUACUUAGUAUGCCCUGCCCUUUAUUGGUCUCCCAGACAUGCAGACUUCAAAGAAGUUUGAAGAAAGUCCUGGUCCAUUUUUUUAUGGUCAUUAAAUUUGCCAAACAUAAGGCAGUAUUAGACAUCUUUUUCAAAUAAAGCAGAUCAUUAUACUCUAGUCUUCUGGGGCUAAUCAUUUUGGCUCAUUUGGGGACUCUUUUUUCCCAUAAUUACUAAAAUUUUAUCACAUGUGACUACUUAAAUACACUGUUAGAGUGUCAUUUUAUUAAACAUUUUAAUGUAAUUCACCUGUCGAAACAACAGAUUAACAAACUCCUUAAACUACUAAAGAUAAUUUU